GGACCGCCCCCUGCCCGGAGCUGCUGCUGCCCGCCUUAGCCCAACAUGGCGAUGCAUAACAAGGCUGCGCCGCCGCAGAUCCCGGACACCCGGCGGGAGCUGGCAGAGCUCGUGAAGCGGAAGCAGGAGCUGGCGGAAACUCUGGCAAACUUGGAAAGACAGAUCUAUGCUUUUGAAGGAAGCUACCUGGAAGACACUCAGAUGUAUGGCAAUAUUAUUCGUGGCUGGGAUAGGUAUCUCACCAACCAAAAAAACUCCAAUAGCAAAAACGAUCGAAGGAACCGGAAGUUUAAGGAAGCUGAGCGUCUCUUCAGUAAAUCCUCAGUUACUUCAGCAGCUGCAGUAAGUGCAUUGGCAGGAGUUCAGGACCAGCUCAUCGAAAAGAGGGAACCAGGAAGUGGGACGGAAAGUGAUACUUCUCCAGACUUCCACAAUCAGGAAAAUGAGCCCAACCAGGAGGACCCGGAGGACCUGGAUGGAUCUGUGCAGGGAGUGAAACCUCAGAAGGCUGCUUCUUCCACUUCCUCAGGGAGUCACCACAGCAGCCAUAAAAAACGAAAGAAUAAAAACCGGCACAGCCCGUCUGGCAUGUUUGAUUAUGACUUUGAGAUUGAUCUGAAGUUAAACAAAAAACCACGAGCUGACUAUUAGAAGACUCUUAGUGCAGAAGCUUCCAGGUUGUCGAGCCCUGCUUCCCUCCUCCAACCUUCACAAAGACAGACAUCCCUUGCCUGAGUACGUGGCCAUCCACCUCUGCUUUCCCAGACCCAGUGCCUGUGACUCUGAGUAGUUUGUUCUGAAAUGUGGUGACAAACAAGUCAUUUCCAUAAGACCACAUUGGAUCAUUUACCUUGUGUCAUUUUUAGUAACAGAACUGCAGGAAGACCGUGACACGGUUAUAAUCCCAGCAAGUUGCUAACUGAAUCUCUCCCUUCUUGGAACGAGUAUCUCCCCCUCAAACUGGCCGGCAUCAGCUUCAUCUGUGACACCCAUAGAGAAAUGGUCUCUGCUUUUGUUUUUUAUGCUGAAAGUUGAGCAAUGAUCACAUUUCAGAGGGAGGCUGUAAAUACUGGGCGUUUUCUUAUUCUGUUUGUGUUUUAUCAUUUUUCUAUUGUUGUUUUUACCAUCUUAUUUUCUUUUGGGACUUUUUAUAAUGACUUUGUACAGCUCAUACCUUCCUGCUGACAUAUCUAAUGAUCUGUUUUGCAGAGUUGCCAAUGUUCUUAAACUGAAAGUAAUCUCGUUUACCAUAAAUAAAAUGGGGAACUUGGCUCUUUGGUUUUGCGCAGGGGAAAGGUACAGAGUGUUUAUUUAAUAAUUACCUACCUUAAAUCUUUCUGAAUUGGAAGCAGUUUUCAUGUUGAAGGAAUAGGAAAAGCUGAAGAACGUAAGUUUUAAUCAGUCCUUUUAAAAUAUUUUUAUUCUUUUGUAUAAAUAAAAUAUCACAGGGUGUGACUUCUCAUGCUUUACUUUUAAACCUGAGGGUUGUUUUUUUUUUCACUUAUUUAUUCGUAUCAUGCCUUACGGAAAUUUUUUUUCCCAUCUUUUCUCUCUUUGCUGGUAUUUGCCUGAUUAAAUAGUGCUUUAAAAAUCACUAAGGCACAUGGAGAGGCUCAAAAUUGCACCCAAAGCUGAUAACAUACGGAGUUCUUGAACGGAGUGAAAUACAGGAUCAAUGAGAGCUAGCAGCGCUCAUGGCUCCCCGUUCUCACCGGGGUGUGAGGUUAUGGGCCAAGGAACUUGCGGAUAAUUGUUACCGGCCUCUGGAGCAGUGGCGCUCUGCCUCGGCUGCAUGUUGGAAUCACCUGGGAAGCUUAAAAAACUAGUGAUGCCUGGGCCCCACCCCCAGAAACUCUGGGCAAGGGUAUAGCCUAGUUACAGGGAUUUCCUUUCAAAGAAUCCCUGGGAUUCUGAUAGGAAGCCAAGUUAAGAAUUAUUGCUUUAGGAGACUGGAUAGUGUGAUUUAAAUCCUGUGUUGUGAAUCAGUCUAAGGGACAAGAUCUGGGGGCCUCACCUUUCCUUUGACUCUAUUUAGUCAUAGUCCUUAUGCCUAUAUCUUUGUUAGAAAAAAAUAUGUUCAAUUUGUGAUAAUAUUGGUAGAGCUGAAUGUGGGUGGCGUUGAUUAUCAAAACAAUUCUACGUUGUCUGUGCAAAAGCUUUUACUCUUGUUCUCAAAUAAACCUUUUUCUUUUUUUUUUUUUUUUUUGGACUCUGUGGCUAUUUAGGUGUCUUUGGUAGCAGAACUCUAAU